AUGGGUUGUUCCCCAUCCAAAGGUCAUCUCUUCCCAGCGAUCCCAGAUGGGGUACACAAGGCUCUGCUGCCAGUACCACCAGAGGUGUGUAACAUCAAGCUUGUUGAGGGAGAAAACCAAGAUUUUGACAGUACGGAUAUUGACGAAGAAGUGGAGGAACUCCCACUAUCAGCUGAAGAGGAUAAUCCUAUGGCCGCCCUGGGAAAAGUGGAGGACAUGGCCCCCAACACAGCCGUUGUGUCAAACCUAGGGGCCGUCUCUCAAAUAGAGGUUCAAAUGACAUCACAGGUGAGAGACACACAGAGUGAGGAGUUACCGGAAAAGCAGGCAAAAAAGGUCAAGAAGCGAAAGAAGAAUAAGGGCGUGAAACGAGGCUGCCGAAAAGAAAAGGAGAUAAACACCUCCAUCAUCCAGGGGAAGGUGGACCUUCCCAUGCACAUGGUGAGAGCUCACCAGGCCGCCUACGAAUACCUGAACCCCAACAUCUCCAAGUGUGAGACCCUGCUGGGGCUGCUGGACCAGGCCGCCCAGACCCAGCUCUCCCUGCAGCCCAUGAUGACAGCCAUUGUGAUGCACUUCGAGGAGGUCAACCAGGCCCUGGAGGAGAUGGCUGAGGAAGGGGAGCUGAUGCUGAAGGAGCAUGGCAACCACAUGGCCUGGCCCUCCGAGAUAAGUGGCCCAGCUCCCACUCCCUCCAAGCCCAAUGCUGACCCAUCAGAAACCCCCCCAGACCUGCUGCAGCUGCUGCUCCAGCAUUCUACUGAAAAGAUGAAGCUGGUGGGGAGCUCGAUCCAAGGCCUGGGAGACACCGCUCUGGAAGAGUCGGCAGACUUCUUCGCCUCGCUAUCUAGACUACUGGGAGAGAGGCUGCAGGCCAAGCGGGCAGUAGAGGAGCGUCUGACCCAGGUGCUGGCGCGCGUGGAGGCAGCUGCCAAGUGCAACCUCGAUGACUUGUCCCUGCACAGCGAGGACAGUGGAAUCGGGGGAGAGAACGAGUCACUGAUGGGAUCAGAGCGCCACCGUUGUCAAUGGGGGAGUUCUGGGUCCGGUGGCAGUGCACGCCCCACACCCCCAAGCCAUUCACCUGACCAGGUAUGCCUUAACGAAGGUGAGGAGGGGGAAGAAAACGAGGAAGAGGAUGAUGACGAUGAAGAUGAGGAGGAUGAAGAGGAAGAGAGGUCAGGGAGGGUGCGGUCCAACUCAUCCCCGCCAGACCCCAUACAGAACACCAAGCACAGCAAAGGGCAGCCACCCAAACGACCCCAGACAGCUGCCCCCUUGGGCAGGCUGGUGAGACCACCACGGUCACUGUCCAUAGAAUCUCUACAUGUUCAGGAGCUGCAACAGAAAAACCUGGACCGACAGACGGGAAACAACUCUGUGAGAAGAUACUCUUCGGGGGGGCAGAGGGUUGCUAGAUAUGGACUCAAAGGGUCCACAAAGACAAACCAAGCACCAAAUUCACUACCAGCAAUAGCACCACAACCUCCUGGCCGCAACUCCGUCAAAAGACUCAUAAACACAUUCAGUGGCGGGGUGGACGGCAGACCAGGCCAAAGUCUCCCUAGUGCAUACCUUAGGGGGUCUAGGAGCAGUGGAACUCCCCUCUUACCCGACAUUGUCAGUGGUAACAACAAUAAGAACAUCUGGGCAGAAGGUGGGGAGGGCCUGGAUGAUGACAACCUGCCUCCGCCUCCCCCUGAAGUCCUGAUGGACAAUUCCUAUGAGAGCAAUGAGGAAAACCCGGACGAUGAGGAAGGGGAAGAGGAGGACACCGACAGUAGGGGCCACCCUGUGCCACGCCAAAGGAGCACCGCCUCUCAGCGCCUGAGGGCCUCGUUGCAGAACAUGACGGUGCUGCCCAACCGUGGAAGUGUCGGACCAAUCAGACAGGAUCCUGAGACGAGGGGUGGACAGCAGCCAGCAUCUGAAGGCGACCAAGAGAGUGAGCAGGCCGCCUCUCUCUACCAUAAGGCCCGCAAGAUCAUCCACCUGCGCAACGCAGUUGAAUCCGCUGCAAACAGAUCUGACCAGGGGGUUCGAGGACCCCUUAGAGCUGGGGUGAGUCUCAGGCAAGGAAGCAGCAACCCCUAUGAGGGGGAGUAUUACCCCACCAGCAUGCCACCGACCGUCCCACCAGUCUCCAGAGUUCGCCUACCACCCUCUUGUCCCUCUACACACCACAGACUACCAAGCCCCCCUGCUUUCGCACAGCCUAAUCCACCCUCACGUCCAUCCUCUCCCCGGGUCUUGAGAUGGAGCAGGGAGGACAGUGGUGAAGACAUGUCACCCUCAGUGUCCUUCAACGAUGCCCGAUCUGUGUUCUGUCAAAAUAGCCAAUCCAACUCCCAGAGCUGGACCCCCCAAUAUAGCUCUACGCUCCCCAGGCCCUAUGGUGAGCCCUCCCGGGGAAGGCUGUCCACACGCGGGUCCCAGACUGUCAGUCAGCGCAGCCAGUCUGACCAGAGACCCAGCCUGACAACACAACAACAGGAUUUGUCCAACCCAGGCACACCACGGGGCCGGACACGAGGAAGUGAUCCAAAUAUGUCCAAAAGCAGUGAGAGGUGA